CAGACACUAUUGCCAGACCACGUCACAUGAGACCGUAAGGUCCUGUGCGAUGUGAUUUAGAACGUCAGUGGUAAAGAGACUGUGAGAUGGAUGUACCGGGUAAACAGUGACGCACGAGUUGAUGGAAUUUACUGAAAGCCGGUGAACGUUACGUAGGUAUUUCCUAAAACCGAGACUUUAAAAUCCCGAUCACAAGACCCGCGGAGUCCAGUACUAGGCAAAGCCUCCGGAGAGGGCAUAUGAUGGACAGCGAUGAUGAGUUGGUGGAUAUCUCGGAUGCUUCGGUUGACUUCAGUGAAGAUGUGCCUCCUCUGGACUUCAGCGCCGGCCGCUGUAAAGUGGAGUGGGUACAGAACAGUAGUCCUAAACUGAUGGAUCUGCUGGAUGAGAAUGUUCCUGGAAUUGGUACAUAUGAGGACUUCAACACCAUCGACUGGGUUAGAGAGAAGUCCAAAGACAGAGACCGGCACAGAGAGAUUACCAACAAGAGCAAACAGUCCACACUAGCCCUGCUGCUCAGCGUCAGUGAUGCUUUCUCCGGUUGGCUUUUAAUGCUCCUCAUUGGACUCAUGUCAGGGGCCUUGGCUGGAGGUAUAGACAUUGCUGCCCAUUGGAUGACAGACCUGAAGGAAGGCGUGUGCCUUAAUGGGUUCUGGUUUAAUCAUGAACACUGUUGCUGGACAUCCAAUGAAACCACUUUUCAGGAAAGAGACAAGUGCCCUCAGUGGAGAAGCUGGGCGGAGCUCAUGGUUGGAGUCAAUGAGGGGACCAGUGCAUAUGUGGUGAAUUACCUGAUGUAUGUGUGCUUGGCUCUUCUCUUUGCCUUCCUGGCCGUGAGUCUUGUCAGAGCGUUUGCCCCGUACGCCUGUGGUUCAGGAAUACCAGAGAUCAAGACCAUCCUGAGUGGUUUCAUAAUUCGAGGGUACCUGGGAAAGUGGACUCUGAUCAUAAAGACCAUCACACUGGUGUUGGCCGUCUCUUCUGGCCUCAGUCUGGGAAAAGAGGGCCCGCUGGUCCAUGUCGCCUGCUGCUGCGCAAAUAUCCUCUGCCAUUUCUUCACCAAAUACCGUCGAAACGAGGCCAAGAGACGAGAGGUUUUGUCUGCAGCGUCUGCAGUGGGUGUGUCAGUUGCAUUUGGUGCUCCUAUUGGAGGGGUGCUGUUCAGUCUGGAGGAGGUCAGCUACUACUUCCCUCUGAAGACUCUCUGGCGUUCGUUCUUCGCCGCUCUAGUUGCUGCGUUCACGCUUCGCUCCAUCAAUCCCUUCGGCAACAGUCGCUUGGUCCUCUUCUACGUGGAGUUCCACACUCCCUGGCAUCUUUUAGAGCUCUUACCUUUCGUUCUUCUGGGCAUCUUCGGCGGUCUCUGGGGGGCUUUCUUCAUUCGAGCUAACAUUGCCUGGUGUCGUAAGCGGAAGACCACUCGGCUUGGCCACUACCCUGUGCUGGAGGUUCUGGUGGUGACGCUGGUGACAGCGCUGCUAGCGUUUCCAAACGAGUACACGCGGAUGAGCAGCAGUGAACUCAUCUCUGAACUCUUCAAUGACUGUGGACUGCUGGACUCCGCUAAGCUUUGCGACUACACCGGCAAAAGCGGAAACGUACUGGGAAAUGUUACCGCUGUCAAUGGCUCUAAUGGCUUGGCAGACCGACCUGCGGGACCAGGGCUCUACACGGCCAUGUGGCAGCUAGCGCUUGCUCUGCUCUUCAAGAUGUUCAUCACUGUGGUUACAUUUGGCAUGAAGGUGCCAUCCGGACUGUUCAUACCCAGUAUGGCGGUGGGUGCCAUAGCUGGAAGACUUCUUGGUGUGGGCAUGGAGCAGCUGGCCAUCUACCACCACGACUGGCCGGUUUUCAGAGGCUGGUGCUCUCCCGGAGCAGACUGCAUCACGCCAGGCCUGUACGCCAUGGUGGGCGCGGCAGCCUGUCUGGGUGGUGUGACCCGGAUGACCGUCUCUCUGGUGGUCAUCAUGUUCGAGCUGACGGGCGGUUUAGAAUACAUCGUGCCCCUCAUGGCUGCCGCUAUGACCAGCAAAUGGGUUGCGGACGCUCUGGGUCGUGAGGGCAUCUACGAAGCUCACAUCCGUCUCAAUGGUUAUCCCUUCCUGGAGCCAAAAGAGGAAUUCCACCACAAGACUCUUGCCGUAGAUGUGAUGAGGCCACGGCGGAGCGACCCGCCUCUCUCUGCGCUAAGAGAAAGUGGAAUGACGGUGGAAGAUGUGGAGAGGCUGAUCUCAGACACCACCUACAGUGGCUUUCCUGUGGUGAUCACGCAGGAGUCGCAGAGACUGGUGGGCUUUGUAUUGAGGAAGGAUCUGGUUAUAUCUUUAGAAAAUGCUCGGAGAUAUCAAAACGGUGUUGUCAGUGUGUCUGCAGUACUGUUCACUGAAUGUGAUCCGGCCUCAUCGCCAAACGCUCUCCCUGCAGUAAAACUGCGCAGCAUUCUAGACCUCAGCCCCUUUACUGUAACUGUGCACACGCCCAUGGAAAUUGUGGUGGACAUCUUCCGUAAGCUCGGCCUGCGGCAGUGUCUGGUCACACAGAAUGGGCGUUUGCUGGGAAUCAUUACUAAAAAGGACAUUCUGAAACACAUGGCGCAGAUGGCCAACAGAGACCCAGAUUCUAUCCUUUUCAACUAAAGACUGCCAGGAUACUUUAGAAAUAACACACACGCACACCAAGGGCUGAAUCAUUCUGGGAUGAGGAUGAUGAAACAUCUGUGUGUGUGUGUGUGUGUGUGUGUGUGUGUGUGUGUGUGUGUGUGUGUGUGUGUGUGUGUGUGUGUGUGUGUGUGUGUUUUAUUGAGCUAUUACAGAAAGGUGCGAGAGUGGCCUGAGGCAGCGUUUUGCUGCAGUACAACAUAGACAUGUUUCGACAGGAGCUGGAGGUUCGGUGGAACAUUAGUUUAUCCUGAGGCUAAAGACACAGUUAAUGUGAAAAUGUUGUCCUCUCACCUCUGGAAAUCUCAUCUGAACCCUAAAACGAACCAUCAGGACUCGUGUACCUCACCUAACUUCCUGUGUACAACAAAUGCUUUUUUUUGUACUCGCACGUGGACUCAAAUUUGUGAGUCAACAUGUCUUUAAACUGUUUAUUUAUUUAUGGUGCACUUGUCAUCCCUGGAGUGACGUCUGACCUGAAGAGGAACUUCAGAAGGGUGAGAACAUUCCUGAGAUGAUCUGAUGAUGUCGUGCCCGAACCUGUGUGUGUGAAGCGAUCCCUGUGGGAAGAUGUGCUGGCCUUUUGUAGAAAUGCAUUUGAUUGAGUGGCGAAAUGAGUGUAUCAUAUUAGAAAAUUGCUCAUUGCUGUCAUACAUACUAACAAAAUGCACUCGGUAGACCGGUUACUCACUCUUUAAGACGUCAAAAAUGGGGUUUUGAAGUUCUGGUUGUUUUCGCGUGCCGCUCUUGAAGUGUUUGUGGACAUCAGCCAGUGUUCAUUUUAAAGGUGCCUUAACGUCAUGCAUUGUAUUGAAGUGACCUGCUUGCCUUUUUUGUUUCUGUCCUUCGCUUUGUGUUCUCUCACAACACUGAGCCUAUUGGUCUUGACCCGUGGCACACUUUGUCCAAAAUGUAACUAAUAUUACCAAUUUCUAAUCAGCCGCAGUUCUUUAUUGUAACCACCAGGAGUCAGUAUCUCACAGAGUGUGUCUGUUCUUUACGUGCGUCAUUGACUCUUGGCCGGGUCUGCAUAUCGGGUUGGCUACAGCAUGCUUGCACGCUUUGGGGACUCUUGACAAUCCCUUGACGUCUCUGUACUGAUGUCUGAGCAUCCGGACCCCUCGGUGCUCUAUGUGAUGAUGUGAUGAUGAUGAUUCUGCACCUGUUCACACUGAGAUUCUGUUACCUCCACUGCAUUUCCCAUGAUGACCGCGAUGGUGUCCUCGCGCGACCUCUGUGAAGCAUCUCAUCACGUCAUGAGGAUCAGAUCGUGACAAGAUUCUCCCUGUACUCCCUUGAUUUUUAUGUACUGCAGUCCCCUUCCUUGGCAUUCUUGCUCGACCCCCUCCCCCCAUUCGUUUCUGACCAUGUUUAUGGCCUAUUAAACGUCUUUUCGUGCCUGUUCUAAUCACCCUCCAGCUUUCUCUUCUCCUGCUCGCCGUAAUUCCCGAGAGCUGGAUUCGGGGCAGGGAGGUCGUAGAGGGCUAUUGUUCCCGUUCGCUACUGGUCGUCUGGGCUUCCGGUCGCCAGGAUGUCUCUCUACCGCUUCCAUCGGAGCGCCGUCACGCAGCCCAGACCAGGCCUUCCACUCUUAGAAAGGCAAUUUCCGGUGUUUAAACAACGGCCAAUUCUACGCUGUUAUAAUAGAGCAGGGAAAAAAGAAAUUCUUGAGCUCUGAUUACUGAAAGUAAAAGUGUGUGUGUACAGUAUAUGUGUGUAUUUGUAUGGGGACGGGGGGAUUAGGGCAUUCUUUUCAGCCUCCUAGGAAAACAUGGGAAUAUGGAAGCAAAGGAGAAAAGGUUAAUUAAACAGUGUUCAGUGGUCGGUGGAAGGGUCCUUUCACAAAGGGUCCCUUCUGUGUCACACGGGGGUUAUUGGAGAGACUUGGCAGGAAGGGCUUGCACUCAUUCCUGCAGUCCGGGUGGGUGCUGAGCCUAUCUGCGCUGUAACCCAACACUUGAUUGGUGUAUAAGGAGCCGAGCCAGGACCAAAUGAAAUGCUGUAAUGUAAAACAGGACAUGCCAUAGACAGCUAUGUUCUUAUCUACAGAAAUUUUGCUUCCACCUUCUGUGUGGAUUUGGGCUUUAAUACUUUGUCUUUUAACCGCUGGUAAAACUUCACCUGUUAGAAGUAAUUGUUGGUCACCAACAGGCUGUUUAAACUCAAGAAAGCAAACAAGUAAACGGUUGUUUAGGUGUCGUUUACUUGAGAAUGUGCCUGCCAUUCCUAUACAAAUACACAGUUUAGUAAGUACACAUGCUUUUUACGGGUGUCGAGCGCGUUAACGAUGUUGAUCCGAAGAAACGUGAACGUUUCACGUGAAACGUGAACGAAGCAAAAAAGUGCACAGUAAGAAAUAUAAAUAUGCAUAAUAAUUUAUUCCAAAGCAGAUGAUGGAUUUGUUUCUUUUUUUGCACAAAAGAGACGUGUUAACGUUAAUAUGCAUUUAUUUUGCACAAAGAAUGUAUUCUAUUGCAGUAUUUUUGUACAUGACUGUAACAUACUGUAUCACAUUGUCAAAUGAACUUUUUCACACCUGUGUCAAUUUGAAUAAAUGUGAUUUUUGCAUUCCA